AGCGCUGCGGAGGUACGGAACGCUGAGCAGUUUGGACCAGGACGACGAUCUGGAGGAGCAAUUGGGGGAGGAGGAGUCGGGCGUGGAGUCGCCGCCGUCGGGCCUGAGGGGUUGGUCGCUCCGGGCGACCAGCUACGUUGUGAGCAAGAUGUCGAUACUCGAGCACUUCAACGAGGGCUGCUUUCUGCAGGCGCCGGUGCCGCCGGAACGCACCGAGUGCUCCUCGCUGGAUCCCAAUAGCAACGGAGACGAGGAGGGCACGACCUCGGGGGGUACUUCUGGCGAUGACAUUUGGGGCACGCCGACCUCCGGGGGACCGGACGACGAGAGUUUCACGGGCAGUCCGGUAAGGAUACAUGAAAAUCUGGUAUAUUACAGAAUCUACGUAAAUACCGGCUACGGGGGUGCGUCCGGUCCAUUGGGCCUCGACAGUCCCGACGACGACAGCCCGACCACAGUCAUCGAUUACCACGUGGCCAACACUACUCACUCCAACAAUCAACAGCAACGCGAAAUCACGGGUAGUCCAGAGAUCUACAGAUCGACGCAGCAGCUCGCGGAGGAGCAUCAGCACCAGAGAUCGGGUGAAAAUAGCCUCGAGGCCGAGCGACCGAUUCGAGACGUGGUGGACGCGGAAGGUGACGAGGACGGCAACCAUCAUCUGGCCCAGUGGGUGCGCAACUCCCACCAGAUACCACCCCCAGACCAGGAGGCGCUCAUCGAGGAGUGGACGCCCGAGGAACUCGCCGCGAGGACGCCCAAGGAGUCCAACUCUUCUACUCGCGACCUGUCGGAAGCAGCAGAAGAGAGCACGAUGGCGAAUUCGGACGCGGAGCAGCAGAGCAGCGCGUCGAGCGCCAGCAUCAGCACGGUAAAGUCAAACAGCAAACCCGCGAAAAAAAACGGGGUGGCCAUCCAACCGAGAGACGCGCCCUCGCCGCCACUGCCCUCCAGCGUAAUAAACUCGAUAAACAUGUGUAGAAAGUGUCACAGUAAUAUGCGCCGCAGGUCCGGGUGUCCGACGCCACCGGCGCGCGACCCCUUCUCGCCCCUGCCGCCCAAGAUAUCGGUGAUGCCGCCGACGCCGGAUCUCUGCUUCAGGCAUCGGGGCGGCCCGAAAAACGCCGGCCUCCACGACAGCCCCGGCAGGAGCUACUCGGCCGAUGGCACCAACGAGGACGGAAGCGAGGACGACCUUGACUGCGACGGCGAUCCACCAUACAGGUUUCUUUGUCCCCCCCCUUCUAUCUCCUGA